AUGACUUGGGGAGAGGGGCUUCCAACGGAUAUUGCUAUCUCAAUCUUCUCUAAACUCAUUAUCUCCCAUUUGAGAGUAUGCAGACUUGUUUGUAAAACUUGGAAUGCUAUGGUUUUAGAUUAUGCUCACUCUUGUAAACUCAACAAUGAUUUCCUUCUCUCUGUCUCUGAUGUAGUCCCCAAUCCUAGAAGUAGUUGGCUAUGCAAUGCUAGGAUGUAUUGUUUCCGUUCUGAUCCUACCAAACGUUUGGAUGUAUAUUUGGAUUUUUUUGAAUUGGAAGGAAGUAAAUCUGCCUUUUCAGUACCCUCCGUCGACGACGGGGACUGGUUCAGGGUCACACUGAUCUGUUACUGCAAUGGCCUACUGUUUGUUUGCAAAAGCAAACUCAACACAAUGUGUCAUGGCAUAUUUAAUCCUACCACUAAUGAGUUUUACCAUGUUCCUGAAGUAUUUUAUGAUAUUUACCACUUUGGUUUAGGUUACAUUCCUUCAACAAAGCAAUACAAAUUAUUUAGAUUGGCUCAUUCUAAGACACAACAAGAACCUAUUACCAUAAUAGAUGUUUUUCACUUUGGUAGAAACCAAUGGAGGCAACUUCAUUCCCUACCUUAUAUCAUUGAGGGUGGUGGUAUUUACAUGGAUGGAGUCAUCUAUUUUCUGGUAAAAGUAAAAAAUAAACCAAAUGACUAUGCAAUCUAUGCUCUGGACGUUGAAACUGAAGAAAUUGAAUUGAGUGCUAUCUUGGAAGUUGGCCCGGGCCUAAUUAGCUCUUCCCGCUCGCAAAUCCUACAAUCUUAUGGCAAUGUUUAUGUCAUUAUUUUCAUCAAGCUACCAACAACAACUAAUUCCUCCGUGCAGGUGUGGAGGAUGCAAGAGAAAACUCAGACUCAAAGGAAGUGCUUAAUGGGCAUUUGUCAAAUAGAAACCUUGAACUUUGGCUUACUUAGAAACAUUUUGGCUUGUGAUGAGAAGGAAAACCAGAACCAAGGAGACAGAUGA